AUGCAAUAUGGCACCAACGACCAGAGCGCUUACAAUUUCGAGAAGCAUGCAGAUGAGAUUCGUGACCUUAAGAGUAAAUGGGAGAGGGAAGCGAAGCAACUUGAGGUCGGUUUCGAACUGCUUGAAAUUCGCAAAAUGGUGGUGAAAAAAGCGCGCGCCCGUGACUAUCAGGUUACGCGGGAUACUUCGGAAGCUGACGCGGAGUGGCAGAGUAAAUUGGAUGCCCUGAAGGAGCAGAAGCAGGAGAAGGAAGCGAAGCUCGACAAAAUUGAGGAGAAAAUGACGGCUAGUGUGGCGGCUUUGAAAGAG